GGGGACGGCGCGGGGCUCCAUCUUCCUCCGUGCGGCGGAGCCGGCGGGACGGCGGGGCACCAUGGCUGUCGGUUGGAGGAUGCUCCUUGUUGGGUUAUUUUUCCCCCCCAAGCCUGCGGUCCUUCGGAUAGCAGCCGGGUUUUUUAACCCAGGGAGGAUGGAGCAGGUGAAAGCGGCUUCAAGCCCGAGGCCUUUGAGAUUAUAAAGUGAUAUUUUAGCAGAGAGGCAAAACCCCACGUUCUCACGGGUCGGAAAAACGCCCCACGUGCAGCACCCGGUCUCAGCUAGAGCUGGAGAUGGACGCGGAUAAGGGGAAGCAACGCCAGUACUCGCAGAGCGAAGGCGAGACAGAGAGGGCUGCCAAGGUAGAGGCGUUCCCUAGAGAACUGUAGCUUGACUUAGCGGCAGUUGGGUAGGAAGUUGGAAGGCUCUAGUGAGCUCGUGCCCACCCGUGCCAUCAUCUACCUCCCAUCAAUCUGGAGCCUCAGCGACACGUCUCCCCAGGCAGCUGCGCCCACCUGGCUCCAGAGGCCACCCUGAUGGCGGAGCCUCGCUUCAACAACCCGUACUUCUGGCCACCCCCCCCCACCAUGCCCAGCCAGCUGGACAACCUGGUCCUGAUCAACAAAAUCAAGGAGCAGUUGAUGGCGGAGAAGAUCCGCCCCCCGCACCUGCCUCCCACCUCGGUGGCCUCGCAGCAGCCCCUCCUGGUGCCCCCCUCGCCUGCUGAGAGCAGCCAGUCCAUCAUGUCCCUGCCAAAGCUGCAGCAGGUGCCGGGGCUGCAUCCCCAGGCCGUGCCCCAGCCUGAUGUGGCCCUGCACGCCAGGCCAGCUACCAGCACUGUCACAGGGUUGGGGCUGGCAUCCCGUGCACCGGCCGUCAGCACCUCAGAAUCCAGCCCAGGAACGGGGACCACCACCCCCUCGACCCCCACCUCCACCAGCCAGAGCCGCCUCAUCGCCUCCUCACCCACCCUAAUCUCAGGAAUCACCAGCCCCCCCCUCCUCGACUCCAUCAAGACAAUCCAGGGCCACGGCUUGCUGGGAGCACCCAAGGCUGAGCGGGGCCGGAAAAAGAUCAAGGCGGAAAACCCUUCGGGACCGCCGGUGCUGGUGGUGCCCUACCCCAUCCUGGCCUCAGGGGAGACGGCCAAAGAGGGGAAGACGUACAGGUGUAAGGUCUGCCCCUUGACGUUCUUCACCAAGUCGGAGAUGCAGAUCCACUCCAAGUCGCACACAGAGGCCAAGCCCCACAAGUGCCCCCACUGCUCCAAGUCCUUCGCCAAUGCUUCCUACUUGGCCCAGCACCUGCGCAUCCACCUGGGCGUCAAACCCUACCACUGCUCCUACUGUGAGAAGUCCUUCCGCCAGCUCUCCCACCUCCAGCAGCACACCCGAAUCCACACCGGUGACAGACCCUACAAGUGCCCGCACCCCGGCUGCGAGAAGGCCUUCACCCAGCUCUCCAACCUCCAGGUCAGUGUGGGGGGACCUGGGGAAAAGGGCACAGGGUCACCAUGGUCCCCCCUGACUCCCUGUGCUCCCUCAGUCCCACCAGCGCCAGCACAACAAGGACAAGCCCUACAAGUGCCCCAACUGCUACCGGGCGUACACAGACUCGGCCUCCCUGCAGAUCCACCUGUCGGCACACGCCAUCAAGCACGCCAAGGCCUAUUGCUGCAGCAUGUGUGGCCGUGCCUACACCUCGGUGAGCAUGGGGGAUGCCCCAGAACCUGCCCCCAGCCCGCAGCCCCCUGCUUACCCCUGUGCCCCCCACAGGAGACCUAUCUGAUGAAGCACAUGUCCAAACACACGGUGGUGGAGCACCUGGUCAGCCAGCACUCGCCGCAGCGGACGGAGUCGCCCGGCAUUCCUGUACGGAUCUCCCUCAUCUAAGCGGGGAGGGGACAGGACCCCCCAGAACAAGGAGGAGGAAGAGGAGGAGGAAGGAGGAGGAGGACGUGACCCCCAGCACCGCGGGCUGUGCCUGGGCCUUGCUCCUGCCCGGCUCCCGCAGGUUUGGUGACAUCCAAAGACGGUUUCAGAGCACUUUGAAUCUCUGCGGUUUGGUUUCUUUGGGGGAAGUCAGUAGGGGUGGGGGUGUCCCCCCUGACAGGCCUGUCCUGCCCCCCAUUUUUGGAUACAAAUAUAUAUAUAUAUAUAUAUAUAUAUUUAUUGGCCAAGAACUUGGUGCUGCUAAAGACCAGAAAUUCACCCCAAAAACAAACCGUGGAUGGAGCAAAAAGCAGCUGGGGGAGGGGGAAAGUCCCACCACCCCCCCCCCCAGACUCUGGGCCCAAGCGCCUCCAUUUAGGGUUGAUUUUUAACCAUUUUGGGGGUUUUUUUGUGUUCAUUUGGGGUCCCUUUUAAAGGCGAAGCUGCAGGCAGAGCUGCAACCCCCCGGGGACGGCCCCCCUAUUCCGCAGCCCCAGUUUUGGGGGGUUUGGGGGUCCCCCUGCUUUGCCUUGUGCCUGCCUGUACAUACCCCCUGUAUAGAGCCGGGGGGCACUCCCCCCAAACUCAUCUAUAUUCUGUACUUUUUGGUUCAUUUUGGAUAUUAACUGUGUUAUUUUUUAUACACUUUUUAAGCCUUAACUCAGCGUUUCUUUGGUUUUUGUUCUUUUUUUUUUUUCCAGGGUGUUUUAUUUACCUUUUAUUAAUUUUUAACCCCCCCCUAUUAUUUUUUACCCCCCUAUUAUUUUUCCCCUCAUCCCCUUAUUUUUAGCCCCCAUUAUUUCUCCCGUCGAUGUUGUACGAUAUCAAUAUUGUAACUUUUUUUGUCAGCAUGUUAAUACUGUGUAAAUACGCCUCUUAUACACUUAGGCCCCCUUUUUUCUCCCCUUUCCCCAAAUUCUGGGGCUUUUUUAUUUUCCUUGCUGCCCAGCCAGGCCAGGCCUCUCUAGCGUUAGUUGGUACCUUAUUAAAAAAGGGGAAAAAUAGAAAAAAAAAAAAGAAAAAAGAGGAGAAAAUGGACAAAAAGUUGUCCCUCUCCCUGUUGUUUCCACCCCCCUGUCCUGCAUUGUGAUUCCUGGAGAAGCUGGGGGGGCACAGCCUCACAGUGUGGAAAAGGAGUGAAACUCCCCCAGCCCAGCCCCUUUCCAAAAAAAGAGAAUAAAACAGAACAAAAAAAUACCAAAA